AUGCCAGGCCUUAAGGACCUCCUCAAAAAGAAAGACAAGAUCGCCAAAGAGGCGCAUAACAACUCCAACCUCGCAGUUCCGGAGUUUCGGUUCAUCAGAUCCACAACGGAAUCCGAAGAGUCGAUUCGUCCACCUUCAUUCCCCGGCGAUGAGCCUUAUGGCAAAACAACAACAGGAUCCGACGCGACUUUCGCAGCCGACGGCUCGGGUCAAUUGACUCCCUCCAAAGUCAAGGGAGAACGCAGACUAUCAUCACGACUGCAUCUCGGCCGAGAUCGCCGAUCACGAUCUGUCUCUCGAGAAUCCAGUGUCAAUCUCCCCGAUCAUCUACCUGAUGCGCCCGAGAAUCUCCCUGCGCCAGCCAGACCUCACGCAUCCGCCGUCGGAGGCGACCAGGCCACAACCGAACAACGAGAAGCACAGUGGGAGAAACGCGCGACCUUACUCGCCAUGAACAACCCGCUCCUCGGCCAGGACGGAUCCGAGAAACCGCGCGGGAGGAGUCGAAGCCCCGGCAUCUCCGACGCCAAAGGCGACGUCAACAUCCAAGAAGCCAUCCGGCUCCACGAGGGAGGCGACUUGACCGCAUCCUCGAACAUGUUCGGCCAACUCGCCGACCCGCGGGGUGCGAACAAUGCCCUCUCGCAAGUCCUCUACGGACUGGCGCUACGUCACGGCUGGGGCGUCCCUGUGGAGCCCGAAAGGGCGAUUCAUUACCUCUCGCUCGCGGCGUCGAAUUCGGCGUCCAUCGAGCAGGAAGCGCUCGCUUCGGGGAUGAAGAAGGGCGGCGCCGCCAAGGGCGAGUUAGUCCUGGCUAUGUUCGAGCUGGCGAAUUGCUUCCGGCACGGGUGGGGCGUGAAGAAGGAUGCGGUUGCGGCGAGACAGUAUUAUGAUACUGCAGCCAAUCUUGGUGAUACGGAUGCCAUGGAGGAGGCGGCUUGGUGUUACAUGGAGGGCUUUGGUGGUGCUAAGGACAAGUUCAAAGCCGCUCAAUAUCUACGACUAGCGGAGGAGAAAGGCAGCAAGACUGUCGGCAACUCAUGGAUCUGGAAGGAAAAGUACAAUCCAAAAUAG